AUGAACCGUUUUGUAAUUAUUUGCCUUUUUUUUACUUAUUAUCUCAUAUGGUCGCUCCUACCUAUCUUCGAGAUUGAGAACUGUAAUCCAGUUGUAAGUUUGCUUUUUCCCAUUUCUAGUAAUGUCGCAAUCUUCCUGCCCAUCUUUUUACUGUUGAUCGGUUUCACUUUAACUGGUUCUGUGUUAGGUGUAUUGCUUUUAUGCAGCGAUAAAAAGAAAAAAUGUUUGACCUAA